GAAUUGCUGCAAGAAGAAGCUAUCGCACGGAGCUUCGAAGUUCCUGUCUUCCCAGCCAGACUGGCUGCAGCGGAGGAUCCAGCCGGAUCCGAGGUUCAUUACCGUUCCUGGCGUGUCUUUGGAGGAGUUUGGCGGCCCAGUCCCGCCCUCCCACGCUCGGCUGGACCUCUUCGGUGCUGUUGAUCAGCUCCACAUGGGUGUCCUGCGCCAGCAGUGCUGGCACGAGCACUUUCAGCCCUAUCCCUGCUGCCAUCCUUCCUUCGGACCGGAAGGGCUUGCAAGCUGUUGGGGAACAGGAUUCGUGUUCCUCGACUGUUGCUUGCCGCCUUCGAUCCUGAAGCUGACGCUGCCACUUGCAAUACCCUGGCUGCCGGAGGAGGUCGACUUUAUCGUCGUGGGCGCCGGCUCUGCCGGCAGUGUGGCCGCCUCGCGUCUGGCCCGUCGCGGUUUCUCGGUGGCUUUGCUCGAGUCUGGUGGAAGUGGGUAUGCUGGCGGGGUGGACUCCCACCCCAACCCUUCUGCACCGGAGCAAGCCGAUCACUGGUAUGUGAACGACAUCGAGUGGGGCUUGGGGAAAGUGACCCGAGUAACGCAGAUCAUCCAUGGCCGCGGCCUGGGCGGCACCUCCUCCGUCAAUGGCCGCUACUACACGCGGACCUACCUCCCCUUCGACCGUGAGGUGGUUUUGAAGGCUUACGAAGAUGUGGAGGCGGAUCUGGAGAUGCACACCGAGGAUUUGGACAGUGGGAGGUCUCCGUGGCAGGCAGCCAUCCUGGACGCUCUCGCAGAGGCCGGCGUUCCCUUCCGGCAGAAUGCCUCGAUGUUGUGGCACAGCGCCUCUGUUGGCCCCACCCAGCGGAUUGCUCGCUGCCGGUCCGGCAUGUCUCUUGGGCCGUCGUCCUACCACUGCGCCCUUGGUGCCGAGAAGCUGGGAGUGGGAGGAGAGGGAGGAGAGGGAGGAGAGGGAGGAGAGGGAGUCCGAGUCGUCUUGCAGGCCCACGUGGCGAAGAUCAUUUUGGAACGCGGCCGGGCGCGCGGAGUCUUGGUCGGCAGCGCGGGCCCGAGCGGCUCGAACGGCCAGGCGGUGGCUCGCUGCCGGCAUGGCGUCGUCGUGAGCGCUGGUGCCUUGCAGACCCCGGCUCUCCUUCAGCGUUCGGGGAUCGGCAGCCGCGAGGACGCGCAACGUUUGGGGAUCAAGCUGGAAGUGGAGAGCCCGGCGGUGGGUGGCCACCUGAAGGAUCACCAGUACCUUGCUUUCCGAGUAAGAACGCCGCUGCCUUGCAGGGAGCCGCUCGGUGCACCGAGCGGGAGCCUCUAUGCCUUCUACUCCCGCUUAGGGGGGCCGAGCCGCUCGAGGGGCCGCUGGAGGAGGCCUUCGCUGGAGCUCCAGAUGCUUCCGCGUUGCACCGCCUCAAACCUGGAGCUGAAGAGCUUUCUGAUUUUACUCCGGAGCCGUAGCGCGGGCCGCGUGCUGGCACGCUCCAUGGACCCGUCCGAGCCUCCCGGAGUGCUUUUGGAUCCCUUUGCAGGCAAUGCCUCGGAUGUGGUAUCCCUCCUCAAUGGGCUCCGGGAACUUUACAGCGUACUGCAGAAAGCCUGGCCAGAGCUGUCCUUCGAGCCUUCCUAUGAAGACUUGAUGAAGGACGAGGUUGCCGGACGGCAUUGCGCUCAAUUUCUGGGUUCCUGGCAGCACCCGAUGGGAACUUGCCUCCUUGGGAAGGUGCUGGAUGCUCGGCUCGGGCUGCGUGGGGUGAGGGGCCUCUGGGUGGCCGAUGCCUCGGUGCUGCCCGACUGGGCGCUGGCCGGGCACCCUGACGCCGGCAUCCGUGCUGUCGGCUCCCUGGUUGCCACCUUCGCCGCCGAAGAUUCUGGAGCGGCUUGA